AUGCAACGCGAUGUGACUUGUCACCGUCAAGCAGUCCGUAAAGCUGCCUCCAAAAACAUCGUGUCCAAGGAGGAUCAGAAGAACUUCCGCAGGGAGGUUCGUCUGAUCCUCCCCGCCAAGAUCAAGUCUCUAAAAAAAGGUUCAGUCGAGAGCCUUCACCAGGUGUUCGGCUUGUUGACCGGAUACUUUGUAUCCAUGUCCGGUCAUCGGGCCGGAGUCUUGAAGAACCUGAAGGUGGAAGAAGUACGGAACGCUGAGGUGGACGGGAAACACGUGACCAUCGAUGUGGAAGACCACGCCCAGCUGAGCCUGACACUGUCCGAGCUCCAGUGGUUCGAUGGGCUGCUCAGUGUCCGUGACCAGUUCGUCGGCAGUGAGUCCCCGUACUUCUUCUUUAACUCGGUCGGCGGGAGGUGCGAGAAGGUCCUCAGCUACUUCAAGACUGAGUGGACACGGAUGGGGUUUGGAGGCAGUUUUACCUUCCGCCAUCUUCGUACCUCCAUGGUGCACCACACAAAGAACCUGACUCCACACAAAAGGCUGUCCAUACACCGGGCGAUGUGCCAUUCCGAGGCAGUCGCCUCCAAAUUCUAUGUGCCGCUGAACACGGUACAGGAGGCCGCUGGUGUUCGCAGAUUGCAGGAGGGAGAGGAGGAGCCCGAAGACCGCCCCCACUGCAGCAGCAGCCGCCCCAGCAGCAGCCGCCCCAGUACCCUCCGCAGCCUCCGCCAGGAAUUCGGCGAGUCAGGGACUGUCGACACCGACUCUUCUGGAGAGGACACCAGACGACCUGAGGAGGAAAAGUCCUCUUCAGAAGAGGUUCAAGGUUCCAAGCGCAAGCACGUGAGACGUGCCAUCCUGGACACUUCAUCAGAGUCGGAUGAACCCUUCGUCUUGAGGAUGCCCAGGAAGUCUAGUCCUCACCCGGGUUACGACAUCUUGGGAGGUGGGCCCUCUCUGGAACACAACUACGUCGGGACUCCAGUGAAGGUAAGUCAGGAUGCAAUGAAGGCGAUCACCGAAUCCGGCAAGCCCACCGUUCGACUGAGCAUGCUGGUGCUCACGUCCUCUUCUUCCUCGGACAAAGAAGAACAAGUGGAGGAAAUGCCCCUCGAGCCCAGUGCCACGUUUUAGAGUGUUUAAUGUUUUUUUGGGUGUUUUACUGUUACCACAGCAGUACAUUGUUGUUUAGCCUAGGGGCAAGUUCAAGUUGAUUUUGUAUAAUGGGUUUUUAAGUUAUAAGUUAAAAAUUUUUUUUUUUUUACGAAUAUUUACAUUUCUUUUACUCAAUCACGGAAUAUGUUUAAUAUCGGGUGCACAUGUUUAUGUGCCAUGACCACGUGUUGUUGAUGGGUUUGUAUCGGUGAGUAAUGUUCUCGUAAAUAGUGUUUUUUGUCGUUGCGCUCGUGUGUGAUAUGUUCAUGUUGUUAAUAAAUGGCGAAUUGUUGAGAAAAA